UUCUCGUAAAGUCAAGUGAGCCAUGACAUAUGAGCUCUUAUUGUGAGCACACAGGACGGUGGCAUCUUUCUAAGGUUUUUUUUAUUUUCCCAGCAAUCAGUACAACCAAGUCAUCGUUAUAAGGCAUCGCCCUCUUUUGCCCACCCCCCCAGCACCAGGUGUGGCCACUAGCCUAUAUGAAGGCCCAAAAUUGUGUGUUCCUUUCUGCUCUGACAAUGGCAUGCCCAUUCGUGCGAGAUGUGGUGGAUGAAGAAGCACUUGUGCUGAGGAGAGCCUUCAGGCGAGAAAGGGUCUUCAGGGACCGGUUGGACCCACUGGCCUUCCCUGAUGACCAUCUAUAUGAAAGAUACAGGUUUUCUGCAGAUGGCAUCAGGUAUCUAUGCAGACUACUGGGUCCCAGGAUUAAGCACCGCACUGCACGGAGCCAUGCACUGAGUGUGGAGCAAAUGGUUUGUGUGGCCUUGCGCUUUUUUGCUAGUGGAGCCUUCCUGUACUCAGUGGGGGAUGCAGAACAGCUGAACAAGGCCACAAUUUGCCGCACAAUAAGGAGUGUGUGUCUGGCUAUCAAAGCAUUAGCAGAUGUCUUCAUCUCCUUCCCUGGCCACAGAAGACUCUGUGACAUCAAAGAGGAGUUCUAUAGGAUUGCAGAUGGUCUGCAAUGCUGACUGUGUGAUCAGCAAUGUUGUGGCAAAAUGGCCUGGCUCAGUCCAUGACUCCAGAAUCUUUCGGGCCUCUGAAAUCUAUCAGUGCCUAUCACAAGGUGAAUUCUCUGGUGUGUUGCUGGGAGACAGGGGGUAUGGCUGCCAGCCUUUUCUCCUGACACCUUUCACAGACCCCCAGGAAGCACAGCAGGCCUACAACCAUGCCCAUGCCAGGACCAGGGCCAGAGUUGAAAUGACCUUUGGCCUCCUGAAGGCACGCUUUCACUGCCUUCACAAAUUAAGGGUCAGCCCUGUUAGGGCAUGUGAUAUUACUGUGGCUUGUGCUGUCCUCCACAAUGUGGCCUGCCUGAGGAAGGAGAGGGCCCCCAGAGUGCCACCAGCCAUGGACUGGGACAAUCCGGCAAUCUUCCCUGAUGAUGACAGUGGUCGGCUGCUGAGGGACCAAAAUGUGUUGAAUUAUUUUUAGUUAGUAGGUGUGCUUUCAAUUUUGGUUAAAUAUGUCCUGCGGUGGCAGAGGAAUUUGGGUUUUUUUGGGUUCGUUUUUUGACGAAUUUGGCCUCUUAUGAUGUUUGUGCGGUAUACUGUGUGUUAUAUA